GCGGCGGGUUGAACUUCAUUAAUUUCUCUUCUCAAUAGUCGCAUUUGUCCGGCUUCAAAUUCAAGGGGUUUUUAAUCGUCUCUUUCAUUGUGGGCGCGUUCGAGUGCCCCGUCAUCAUCAAGACAUCACUUUCUUGAACGCGAAGGAUCAAGUCCAUCCCAGUAGUCGUGGUAGACGCUCGUCAUGGCGGUCUAUCUACCCGAUGAUAUUUUUCCAAUUAUAUUCGGUCAUUUGGCGGAUCAGCGAGACUCUCAUACAUUGUUCAAUUGCUCGAUAUCCAGCAAACGGUUGACGGUGCCUGCCCUGACUGCUUUAUAUCGAUAUCAAUAUGCUCGACCCGUCAGGGAAUGGUAUCCCGAUGACAACCAGGGCCGCGAUGCGCAGAGGAUCUCUGGCCUCUGGCGAAGUUUGGCGUUGUCUGCAGUGGACAAGACAUUCUUCCCCUAUUGCAGGUACAUCCAUUCGCUAGACCUGAGAGACCUGCGAGAGCUCCUAGACGACUUCAAUGCCAAAAGAACGCGACAACCUCUUUUCCGUGACUUCUUCAAAGGUGACAUGACACAGUUCAGAGUCUGGAUCAAACCCGGCGAACGGUUGAACUCGGAUGCCACUGUAGAAGCCAUCGGCGAGGCAAUCAGCUUGAAGGCACCUUUCAUCGAGGAUCUCAUGACUGCUGGACAAGUUUCUGCUGAUGCCCUUAGGAGAUGGGUUUUGCGAAUGCCUAAUCUCCAAUACCUGUGCCUCUUCAAUGGGAAAGCCAUUGGUGAGAGUGACCUCUCACCAUUACUUCGGUCACACUGUCCCAAGUUCCGAUCCCUUAUGAUGUACUCCUGGUUUGCAGACGACAGCGAUUCUCGCUUUGGAACAUUCAUUUCAAGUCUCCAACCCCAGUCUCUUCAGUCCCUAGAGGUCAUGAGCGAGGCAGGAAUCAAGAUCAAAACUUGCAAGGCUCUCGCGCUUCACAACCAAUCGUUAACGAAGCUCCACAUUGCACUUAGGCCUGACAGCUUCCAGUCCCUGUCCGAAAUCGGUCCUUGCAGAGCCUUGGAGAGUCUUCACUUGGAAGACCUUGAGGGCACCAUUGAUCUUGAAUCAGCUCAGAGUCAAUCCUUCGACGAUCUCUUGGCGUGGAUGCGUCAGUGCAAGAACUUGCGAGACCUCGAACUCAAGAACUUCAUUAGCGGGGCGGCCAUUGUCACACCGCUUCUUUCUGAUGAGGACGUCUACCUUGAAAGCCUCGAGGUAGACUCAUAUACCAUGGCGGAGCGAAGGAAUUUUCAUUUGGCGUUGAUGAAUCAGCCUAAUCUAAAAUAUCUCUGUCUACGAGGGGAUGGCGAUGACGUCGUAAGAGAUGAUAUCGAUGCCUUUCUCCAUUCGCUCGUGUGCUUGAAGGAUCUUCGAGAACUGAACCUUACGGGUGUAUCCGACUAUUUUACCGAUCCGCAUAUUUCCCACCUAGCCACGCAACUUCCGAAGUUGGAAAAGUUGAAUACUUCAGGUUACGGUGUGACAGACAGGGUCCUGCCGUCCAUUGUCCAAUCCAAGAGUCUCCGUGAGGUCACCUUCCAGGCCAUCACAUCGUUCACUCUAGGCGGUUUGUUAGACUUUGUCAAUGACCUCGGCCCUGAUCAUAAUGGGCUGGUCUUCGAAACGAUCAAUGCAGAUCCGGAUUCACGGCUUUCAGAGGACGAAGUUCGGCUGGUAGAAGAAUCCAUUUCUGGGCGAGUCGGCGGGACGUUCAGAUACGACGCAAGAGAUCCGGAUCCAUCUGACUUCGAGGGGGAUUCCGACUGAACAUGUUUAAACUACCGGCGGGGAAUGAAACAAAAUUCUAGGGAUGUCGCGAGGUCCGCGGCAUGGAUAUAGGCUUUUAUUGGGAGUUUGGGGUGAAAAUGCGGGACUCCUGAAGUAUCUAUUGUUUUGAGGCGAGGACGACCAGACGGAUGUCAAUUUCUUACUCAAUAAAUUGUCACGAACAGAACGUCUUCGAAAAUAAUAUUGGGGUAUGAUUUCGUAUUUUUAUAUCAAGUGGAGCCCUGGCAUGGAUCAGAGCUCCAUGGGAAAC